AUGGCUCCUCCGUCGCCCACCGGAGCCCGAGACUCGGCCGGCUCAUCUGCCAGCGAGAAGCAGCGCAGCAGCAAGAAGCGCGGUUACAGCGACACCACGGGUCUCAACGGCGACAAACGCCAUGUCGUGCGUCGCUCGAGCAUCAGCAAGCCCGGACGGGAUCAGCGCGACGAGCCCGUCAUCAAGCACAAGCGGCGGAAGCGGCGCCAGGCGGGCGAGGAGGACGACAGUGCCAUCGCCGAGGCUGCGAC